GUUUCGUUCUAAAUUUUGUAAACAAAUGUCACGUUGCUCAACUUUCAAGAGACAGUGCGGGAAGAAAUAUUUGUAUUUCAAGCUUUUUUUGUUAUUGAAAGAAAUUGGGGGUUUACAUUGCAAAUACUGUAAUAUUGCUUGAGAUAUGAGGGUCGUGGCUUUAGUCAGUGGCGGGAAGGAUAGUUGCUACAACAUGAUUCAGUGUGUCCGGGAAGGGCACGCUGUGGUCGCUCUGGCAAAUCUGCAUCCUCCACAGUCAGCUAAUGAUGAGAUGGACAGCUACAUGUACCAGACUGUGGGCCACAAUGCCAUCGCUCUGUAUGCCGAGGCGAUGGAGCUGCCUCUGUACCGGGCGUCCAUUCGGGGCUCUGCGUGUGCCAGUGACCGCGAGUACAGCCCCACUGAGGGGGACGAGGUGGAGGAUCUGCACAGGCUGCUCUCCAAAAUCAAGGAGGAGCUCGAUUUUGAAGCGGUCUCCGUGGGUGCCAUUCUGUCAGACUACCAACGAGUACGCGUUGAAAAUGUCUGCUCGCGGCUGGGUCUGACCUCUCUGUCGUUCCUGUGGCGCCGCGACCAGUCGGAGCUGCUGACCGAGAUGGUCGCGUGUCGCGUACACGCCGUGCUGGUGAAGGUGGCCGCGCUGGGUCUGCUGCCCGACAGACACCUCGGUCAGACGCUGGAGCAGAUCAGGCCGCACAUGGAGCGCAUGAAAGGAAAGUAUGGCCUGAACGUAUGCGGGGAGGGCGGAGAGUACGAAACGUUCACACUCGACUGUCCGCUCUUCAAGAAAAGGAUAGUUAUCGAUGAACAGGAGGUGGUAACGCACUCUGACGACGCGUUCGCUCCCGUGGCCUACCUCAACUUCACCCGCACUCAUCUGGAGGACAAACAGCUGGGUGAUCUGACCCAGGCGCAGCGGAUAGCCGGCCUUCCCGCCACCUGUGAGCGGCCGGAGCUGUUUGACUCGCCGCCGCCGGUAGAUGGCAGCACCGACCCGCCGUCAGAGGACGCCACCGCUGUCCCGGAGCCGACCGUGGCCGAGUCAGCCGGUUGGGUGUGGGUGGGGCCGAUCGAGGGGCGGGCCGACGGCGGACGCAGCGGCAUGGAGGCGGCCCUGGACACGCUCACAGAGUCGCUGUCGUCGCGCGGUCUGGCGGUGUCGGACCUCACCUCAGUGGCGCUGUUCGUGUCGCGGAUGUCCCGGUACGCCGCGCUGAACUCUGAGUACGUGCGCCGUCUGGGCGGCAGUCGGCCGGCGCGGCUGUGCGUGCAGGCGCCGCUGCCAGCCGGCUCUGAAGUGCGACUGGAGGUGACGGCACUGCGAGCGGCGGCCGCCCACCGACGGCACAUGCACGUCCAGAGUGUGUCGCACUGGGCGCCGGCCAACAUCGGGCCCUACAGCCAAUCCGUGAUGUGUGGUGAGGUACUAUACGUGGCCGGUAUGAUCGGCCUGGACCCGGCCAGUAUGCGACUGGUGCGCGGCGGUGAGCAGCAGGCCCGGCUGGCGCUGCGUCAUGUGGAGAGGGUGAUCCAGGCCUCCUCCAACGACGCCGACACCGACACCGUCGUACAGACGGUGUGCUACGUCACCGACCCGUCACUGCUGCCGGCCUGCUCGGCGCUGAUGACGGCCCGCCUGGCGUCCUCGCUGCAGUGCGCCGUGGUCGUGCCGGGCCUGCCGCGCGGCGCCGCCGUCGAGUGGCACGUCUGGACACACGCGCACAACGCACAGUUCCUCAGCCGCCAGUCGAGUCUGGAGCUGGACGGAGCCGCCAUGGACGUCUCGCUGCGCUGGAGCGGUGCGCACCGACUCUCUGCAGCCACAGUCCUCUGCUCGGCGGGCGGGGACGGACGGCUGUCUGCCGGACAGCUGACCGGCUGUCUGCGCUCCACCGUCGGCUGUCUGCGCAGCAAGGCCGGACAGGGCGCUGUCUGCCACUUCCGGGUGUUCCACUGCGUGGAGGACGGCGCGGCGGUGGCGGAGGCGGCGCUCUCGGUCCGCGGGCCGCUAUGCGUCGUGACGCCCGUGCCCGUGACGGCAGUGGGUGACGGCGUGACGCGCCGCGUGGCCGUCACGGCGCUAGCCAUGGACGCCGCUCGGGAAAAGCGCGACUGACGGCGUCCGGCACUGGGCGGGUGAGAGCUCGGUGGAAUCGCGAGCUGGUGAGAGUGUAUAAUGCGGCGAACCAGAGCGAAUAUGUUGUGUUUGAGGCGCCGGGCAUUGGCCGAUGCAAGGCUGGUUGUCGAGACCAAUGAAUUUGGUUGAGACCAAUGAAUAUGGUCGGUGAUUUAUAGCUGUCCACUGCCUUCCUGAACGUGCCCAGGCGUCAAGUGCGUGUUUGGAAUUGAGCUGUUACGGAAUUGGUCGUGUGAAAUGUUGGUAUUUUUAUACCUCUUUAUUGCGUAGAUGCUUGUAUGCGAUGGGCGUCACCUUAUCAAUCGAAGAUCAGGGAAUAAAACAGAGUUUGGACAAUCAAU